AUGCCCCCAUCCCAUCCCAUCCAUCAGUCUCUUCAUCUUCAUAAUCACAAAGACCAAUUAGACCAGCAAGUUCUCAGCCAAAAUGAUCUUCUCGCAUUGCAACAAAUCAAAAACAGCCUCAGGGAUGUUAUAAUUCGGCCCGGCUCUGCCGCCAGGUUCUUCGAAAGCUGGGAUUUUUCCUCUCAAGAUCCUUGCUCCACAUUCGCCGGCAUUACCUGUUCCUCCCCGUUAACGCUCAUUCCCCGGCGUGUCACUUCCCUGAUUCUGGGUACCGGCUUAUCGGACUCCCGCGGCCUGGCCGGAACACUCUCUUCCGCCAUUUCGAGUCUCACCGAGCUCAAUCAGCUGGUUCUUAACCCCGGCAUUGUCACCGGCAACAUCCCUUUCCAAUUGGGUUCGCUCAGAAACCUCCGGGUCAUUUCCCUCACCAACAAUCGGUUAACCGGGCCAAUUCCGGCAUCGAUUUUCGCCUUACAAAACCUCCACACUCUGGAUUUGAGCAACAAUCAGCUCUCCGGUUCAAUCCUGCCGAGCAUUUCCAACAUGGUUGAGCUCAGGGUUCUGGUUUUAUCCUCAAACCGGCUGACCGGACAGAUCCCGGCGAGUCUGCCGACAAAUCUGCUCCACCUGGACCUGAAAGCAAACGGGUUCUCGGGAACGUUGCCAGAGGAGAUGCCGCCGUCACUCCGGUAUUUGUCGGCGUCCGGUAAUUCCCUGUGGGGCCCGCUCAACGGGCUAGAAUCGCUAUCAGAGUUAGUGUACCUCGACUUAAGCGUGAACCGCUUCAGUGGGCCCAUCCCGGAAUCACUCUUCCGCUCCUCCCCGACACUGUCAUCAAUUCUCCUCCAACGGAAUAAUUUCUCAGGUGGGGUCCAACAAAGAAGCAGCACGAGUAUGGCGUCACCGUCAUCAUCAUACGGCGUGGGGUCCACAGUCGACCUGAGCCACAACAUGCUGACCGGAGGGCUGCCGGCGGGGAACCUGUUCGGCGGAGUGGAGACCCUGUUGCUGAAUAACAACAGGUUUACAGGGGAAGUGCCCAGAGAGUACAUCGAAAACGUGGUCAGUGGAAGGACUAAAACGCUGUAUUUGCAGCACAAUUACUUGUCGGAGUUUCCCAACAUUUCGUGGUCGGAUUUGAAGCUGCCGGACUCGGCGUCAUUGUGCUUAUCUUAUAAUUGCAUGGUACCACCACCCCCUUUUGUGGGGCUGACGGCAUGCCCUGCUAGUGCCGGCCGACAGCUUUCUAGGCCUGCUUAUCAAUGCUCCCCCACCGGAUGA